GUAUCGUUUGCUCAAUACAUGGUACGAAUAUACUGAACUUUGAAAACUUGACGACAUUCAACUUUAUCAUGCCGCCGAAAGUUAGUGGAAAAGCUGUGAAGAAAGCUGGUAAGGCACAAAAAAAUAUUAGUAAAGCUGACAAGAAAAAAAAGAGAAGAAGGAAGGAAAGCUACGCUAUUUACAUUUACAAAGUGCUUAAACAAGUGCAUCCUGAUACUGGUAUAUCCAGCAAAGCAAUGAGUAUCAUGAACAGUUUUGUGAAUGAUGUUUUCGAACGAAUUGCAGCAGAAGCAUCAAGAUUAGCACAUUACAAUAAACGAUCUACUAUUACUUCUCGCGAAAUUCAAACUGCUGUGAGACUUUUAUUACCUGGUGAAUUAGCAAAACAUGCAGUCAGUGAAGGUACCAAAGCAGUCACCAAGUAUACCAGCUCAAAAUAAGCAACAUUUUGUUGUUUAAAAAAAACGGUCCUUUUCAGGA